AUGAAUAAUAAUAUGAAUAAUAAUAUUCAUUUAGAACAAAACUAUGUUCCAUCAUCAUCAUCCACCUCUUUAACUAUUGAAGAACAAAUACAACAACUCAGUUGUACAACCAUCAAUAACAAAAAAGAUCAUCUUUUAGAGGACGAAGAAGAUUUUGAUAUGUUUGAUAUUACAACCGGUAAAAUAAUACAAUAUGACCUUACUCAAACAGUUCAAUACGGAGAAGCAUCUAUUAGAUGGGAUGACAAUGAUGUUAAAUCAAAUGGAUCAGUUGAUAGUCCUUCUCCUCCUCCGACCGUAAAUUAUAGUAAUGGAAAUGCACAUCCAGGAAAGACAUCUCCAGUAAUGCAACAACAACAACAACUAUUACAACCAAUUGUUGUCAAUGCAACUGUACAACAAAUUCAACAACUUCAACCUUUAUCACCGAAACAACAGGCUGUUACGGCACCUGUUCCAGUACAACCACCUCCACAACCGGUAUAUGUUGAAUGCAAAGACAUGGAUCCUCUUACCAAAGUAAACCAACUUCAACCCUAUGUAACAGAAUCCUUUGAUAUUGCAUGUCAUCGAUUCUACAGAACCAUCAUUGAUUCUGGAUUUUGGUCUGAUGUAUCAAAGGAAAUGGGUUUCUAUGAUAUGGCAGAAGGAGAAUGGAGUGUAUCACCAACUGGGUGUCAUCAACAAAGAGAACUUAAUUUUAAAACACCUAUAUCAUUCAAGAUUGGACCAAAAGUUGCAACUGUGAAACAAAUCCAAAAGAUUAGAAGAACACCAGGCGGAGGUUAUUUUAUGGAGACUAGUUCUUUAUCAACCGACGUACCAUAUGGAGACCAUUUCUCGGUCGAAAAUUAUAUUAGUUUGGAACCAUUGGCCAAGAAUAUGUGUCUAUUAAAAGUAUCGACCGCCGUCAAGUUUACAAAGUCCAUUUGGGGAUUGACAAACUUGAUUGAAAAAUCGGUGGUUCAAUCAAACAAAGACUUUUUCUCUGUUUGGACUAGAAUGGCAAAACUAUUGAUUCAAGAAAAUAGAAUUCAACAUAGUGUCAUUGAACCACAAUCACCUAUUCCUCAACAACAACAACAACAACAACAACAACAAACACAACAACAACAACAACAACAACAACAACAACAACAACAACAACAACAACAACAACAACAACAACAACAACAACAACAACAACAACCUUCUUUCUCCUCUCACCUCUCCAACCUCUCCAUCAAGACCAAUUCAAAAACCUUUACCUUCAUUACCUCCAUCUUGUCAACACCCAAUAGAAUUUGUAAAUAA